CCGGCGCGUGCGCACGGCCGGGCACGCGCGCGGGCCCGACCCGCCGCCCCGAGCGAGCCAGAGAGGGGGCUCUGAUCCGUGUGGAUGGGGUCUGAAGGCUGCUGAAGCCCUUCUGCCUGCUGCUCAGGACACCCUGGGAGGAUCACACCACGAGGGAUCCCAGAAUUCCCUUUGGGAUCCGCAGUUUGGGACAGGCUCACGCCGUGGGUGCUUGGGCCAGCCAGGUUCACCCCAGGGAGCACAGGCAGCAGCAGGGCAGGGAUGGAGCGCCUGGCCUCCUUCAGCAGUGACCCUUUUGACAAGCCCCCGUGCCGGGGCUGCUCCUCGUACCUGACGGAGCCCUACGUGAAGUGUGCUGAGUGUGGGCCCCCUCCCUUCCUGCUGUGCCUGCAGUGUUUCACCCGAGGAUUUGAGUACAAGAAGCACCAAAGUGAUCACACCUAUGAGAUAAUGACAUCUGAUUUCCCUGUGCUGGACCCCAACUGGACAGCCCAGGAGGAGAUGUCUCUCCUGGAAGCUGUGAUGGACUGUGGAUUUGGGAACUGGCAGGACGUGGCCAACCAGAUGUGCACCAAGUCCAAGGAGGAGUGUGAGAAGCACUACAUGAAGCACUUCAUCAACAACCCCCUGUUUGCCUCCACGCUGCUGAAGCUGAGGCAGGCAGAGGAGGCUCAGCACCACGAGACAGCCAUUCCCUUCCACUCUGCUGAUGAUCCCCCACGGCCCACCUUUGACUCCUUGCUCUCCAGGGACAUGGCUGGCUACAUGCCAGCCAGAGCUGACUUUGUUGAGGAGUUUGACAACUAUGCCGAGUGGGAUUUGAGAGAUAUUGAUUUUGUGGAAGAUGAUUCAGACAUUUUGCAUGCUCUGAAGAUUGCAGUUGUAGAUAUCUAUCAUUCCAGGUUGAAGGAGAGACAGAGACGGAAAAAAAUUAUAAGAGAUCAUGGCCUGAUCAACCUCAGAAAAUUUCAGAUCCUGGAAAGGCGUUACCCCAAGGAGGUGCAGGAGCUCUACGAGACCAUGAGGAGGUUUGCCCGCAUCCUGGGGCCCCUGGAGCACGACAAGUUCAUCGAGAGCCACGCACUGGAAUUUGAGCUGCGCAGGGAAAUAAAGAGACUGCAGGAAUACAGAGCAGCAGGCAUCACCAAUUUCUGCAGUGCCCGGACCUACGAGCACCUGAAGAAGAGCCGGGACGAGGAGCGGCUGAAGCGCACGAUGCUCUCGGAGGUGCUGCAGUACAUCCAGGACAGCAGCGCCUGCCAGCAGUGGCUCAGCCGCCAGGCAGACAUUGAUUCUGGCGUGACUCCCACGGUACCGGUUCCUUCAACUACAGGCAGAAGGAGUGCCCCACCGCUGAACCUCACCGGCCUGCCGGGCACCGAGAAGCUCAACGAGAAGGAGAAGGAGCUCUGUCAGAUGGUGAGGCUGGUCCCUGGAGCCUAUUUGGAGUAUAAAGCUGCUUUAGUGAACGAGUGCAACAAACAGGGAGGCCUGAGACUGGCGCAGGCUCGAGCCCUCAUCAAGAUUGAUGUGAACAAAACCAGGAAAAUCUAUGACUUCCUGAUCAGAGAGGGGUACAUCACAAAGGCCUGAGGACAGGCAGCAGUGCCUGGCUGGAGCAGGCAGAUGUGGAGAAAGCUUUGAAGUCGCUUUGACAGCGCUGAAAGAUUUCACCAGUGUUGAAUGAAGGACAUUUCCUUUUGUUUAAAACAUUUCGGGGCUUUUUUUUUCCUUUUUUUUUUUUUUUUUUUGUAAAAACAAGUGGGGAGCUUUGUUAAAUUGCAUGAAUGCUGACAUUUGUCUGGGUUCCUUUUGACUCUGCUGUUGUCAGGAUGGCUCUGCCUCGCAGCGCUGGGGAGGAUCAUGUGCCACAGAAGCUGAUGUUAAACGUGAAUGGGCAUUCAUUCCUCACGCCUCCCGUGGCUGCAGAGAGCACCACGGUACCUCUGUGUGCUGCUGACAAAGAAUCAGGACACAGCCACACUUUUUGCAGCACGGGGUACAGAGAUGCAGUCCCUCCCUCCUCGUGUUGCUCCCUACAUCAGCAGCAGCUCUCAGAGGCGACAGCACGUGCCCGAGGCUGUAAAAAUAGAGCUUGCAGUGGUCCAGUCCUUUUAACUUGAUUGUGAUAAAGGAUGGGAAAGGACGUGGCAGGGAAGCUCCUCAACAGUUGUUACUGUUAUGGGGUAUUAGCAAACAUCCCAGCAGGACAGCUCUGCACAAACCAAGGAGCUUGGAUCCUGCUCCCCCCGUGAUUUGGGGGUGUCAGGUUAAAUAUUAUCCCUCCAUUUCAGCCUUCUGCUCCUUGGGAAGGCUGCAAGCUA